GCGGUGCCGGUGGCGGCGGCCCCGCCAUGGCGGUGUCGCCCUACGUGCAGGCCAUGCAGGAGCUGUUCCGCGCCAACACGCGCAGCCGCGAGUUCCCGGCGCACGGCGCCAAGGUACACUCGGUGGCCUGGAGCUGCUGCGGCCGCCGCCUCGCCUCCGGCUCCUUCGACAAGACCGCCAGCGUGUUCCUGCUCGAGAAGGACCGGCUGGUGAAGGAGAACAACUACCGCGGCCACGGGGACAGCGUGGAUCAGCUCUGCUGGCACCCCAGCAACCCGGACCUGUUUGUCACAGCGUCAGGGGACAAAACCAUCCGCAUCUGGGACGUCCGCACCACCAAGUGCAUCGCCACUGUCAACACCAAGGGUGAGAACAUCAACAUCUGCUGGAGCCCUGACGGGCAGACCAUUGCCGUGGGGAACAAGGAUGAUGUGGUCACCUUCAUUGAUGCCAAGACACAUCGCUCCAAAGCUGAGGAGCAGUUCAAGUUUGAGGUGAACGAGAUCUCGUGGAACAACGAUAACAACAUGUUCUUCCUCACCAAUGGCAAUGGCUGCAUCAACAUCCUCAGCUACCCAGAGCUGAAACCCAUCCAGUCCAUCAACGCCCAUCCUUCCAACUGCAUCUGCAUCAAGUUUGAUCCCAUGGGGAAGUACUUUGCCACGGGCAGUGCUGAUGCACUGGUCAGCCUCUGGGACGUGGAUGAGCUGGUGUGUGUGAGGUGCUUCUCCAGGCUCGACUGGCCCGUGCGGACGUUGAGCUUCAGCCAUGAUGGGAAGAUGCUGGCCUCAGCAUCAGAAGAUCACUUCAUUGACAUUGCUGAAGUGGAGACAGGAGAGAAGCUCUGGGAGGUGCAGUGUGAGUCCCCCACCUUCACAGUGGCCUGGCACCCCAAGAGGCCUCUGCUGGCCUUCGCCUGUGACGACAAAGAUGGCAAAUAUGACAGCAGCAGGGAGGCUGGCACUGUCAAGCUCUUUGGGCUCCCCAACGACUCCUGAUGAAGCUGCUGCCCCCAGGGAGGCAACACCUGCCUGCCCUCGAGGGUGGGAGCUUGGCACAGGUGGGCCAAGGAGCUGGCUCAUCUCCUUGCCAGCCUGGCAGGGCUGUGACCUGGGGCUCAGCUCGGUGUGUCCUCUUCUUGGGAGCUUCAUAAACAGGCAGCUGUGUGCUGGGGAGAAUGGGGGGAUUCUGGCAGGGCUCCCCCUCCGCUGCCUCCUCUCUGGGGCGUGGGGGGCUCGUUCCAAAGGCAAGUGGCCAAAGAAAAUCAGUCACUGAAGGCGGCUGCUGAGGAGCCUGCCAUGGGAGCUGCUCUGCUGUGACCAGGCUCCCCAGCAGUGAUGAGAUACGUGACUGUCCCCUUGUCCCCAAAAGCCUGGUGGCAAGGGCAGCUCUGGGAGCACAGCCUGCCUCUCCCUCUCCCAGACAUCCCAUGUCCCUUCCCUGUGCUGGGGCAAUGAGGGGAGAG